AUGGACUACCAGGAGGAAGAGGCUACUCAGCCAGGUAUCUCCCCCAAUUUUACUUCUUCUUUUUUUCAAUUGCAUCGUCGUCGCACUUCUUUCUCUGCUUCGUACAAAGCCUGGCAAAAGGAAAUGGCUGCUCACGAUCCCCUCUUUAUAGCAACCCAACUCUACCACGACGAUCGACGAUCCGAUCAUGGGCAUUCGGAACUGACGGACGAAGAGGCUUCCGAUAUCAUAUGCGUUCUGCAGCCCAUGACGUUACCUGCCCUCCAUGCGGCUAACGAAAUCCGCGCGGUCAACCCUCGAAAUACAUACCUCUCGAAAGGCGAUCUUCAGAUCAGAGAGAAGCACUUGCAUCCUGAUGACAUUGCUCAGACAUUUAAGAUAAAAGCUCAGGGACUCACACCAUGUGGUAUCGCUCUACGGCUCUCUGCUGAUCUUAAAGAUCCGAUCGGUGGCUUUCAUUUCGGUCGUAACCCAGCUCGAUGUGACUUCGUAAUCGGUCGUAAUGAGCCUUCGAGACGUAUAAGCAACAUCCACUUUCGCAUUUACAUUAACGAGCAUGCUACUCUUAUGAUUGAGGACCAAAGUACAAAUGGCACUGUGGUUGACGCACUCUGCUUGCGGGGGAAGGACAAGGAGAACGGUUUAGGCUACAAGCAUACUCUAGAGAAUGGGCAGAAGAUCAUUCUCGUCAUGACACCACCAGAAGAAAACUACGAUUUCGUCGUCUGGCUUCCAAAGCGUAGUGAUGCGCAACAGGAUGCGUAUGAACAAAAGUUAGCUGACUUUCUAGACUACCGAGACCAGAUUCGAGCACGCCGAACCGCUGCAAAAGUUGGCCAGCAUGGAGACACCCCCGACAUCUUUGCCGGACCUCGGACUGACACUCCCAAAGCUUCCGGGAAGUCUCUAUUGCCCAAGCGUAUCAAGGAAUGGCAAGGCGGAAACAAAUACAACAGAGUAGGGACGAUUGGUAAAGGCGCCUUCGCUGUCGUCUACAAAGUAACCACAAAAUCUGAAGGAAUUCCGUACGCUGCCAAAGAGCUGGAGAAGAGGCGUUUCAUGAAGAAUGGUAUCCUAGACCAGAAGAUGGAGACAGAAAUGCGCAUCAUGAGUCGAAUUACACAUCCUAAUAUUGUACAAUACAUUGAGCACGUCGACUGGCAUGACUACUUGUACAUCAUCAUGGAGUUUGUCCCAGGAGGCGACCUUGGUAGCCUCAUCAGUCAAUCUGGUCACCUCCCCGAAAAUACUGUCAGGGAUAUAACAGAUCAAUUGCUGGGAGCACUGGGUUAUCUGCACGGAAAGAACAUCACCCACCGAGAUGUCAAGCCCGACAAUAUCCUGAUCUCACAACGCGACCCAUACGUCGUCAAGUUGACAGACUUUGGUCUUUCAAAGAUGAUUGACAACGAUGAGACAUUUCUUCGCACGUUCUGUGGUACCCUACUUUACUGUGCACCAGAAGUUUACAUGGAAUACAAGGAUUAUGAUACUUCUGGACGCCGCGUUCCGCGAGGCACAAACAAGAAAUCCGUUCCCCUACAACGAUACGGACAUGCAGUUGACGUCUGGUCUUUGGCUGGAGUAAUCUGGUACUCUAUGUCAGGAUUGCCUCCAUAUCCACUUGGGAAGAAUCAGGAAACCACUUAUUCGCAAUUGUUGGAUCGGGUUAUGACCCAGGCACUGGACAUUCGGCCGUUACAGAAUGUUGGCAUCAGUGAGACUGGUCUGCGUUUUGUCAGAUCAAUGCUUCACAUUCGACCAGAACAUCGGGCCACUAUUGCCGAGUUGCAGCAGAAUCCAUGGAUUACAGGCAUGGACGAUGUCGAGGUCCAAGUCACGCAAGAAACCGAGAUAGAGGAGUCAUCUUCACAGUUUUCGCAGCUCCACCUUCAAGAAAGCAAUCUUGCGGUUGAGGACAGCAUUGAAAUUGAUCCCGAUAGCAUGAGUGAUGUCACGGAAAUUCAGCAACGAGAAAUCCCAAGCAGUUUUAAUACAAAUGAUGAGCUCCAGAAUGAGAACGAGCUUCUGAAUGAGGACGAGAGCUAUUCGUUUUUGCAAUAUGCUGGUGGUGCCCAGAACGCUGUUCCGGGUGGUCGUUUAUUUGGAGAGGUUAACGUGUCGGCAGUGGGGAGCUCGGGUGCUAUACCUAUGAAUCAUCUCAACCUGCCCAUGUCUACAGAUGCCUCACAACACUUCGAUGCGUUCAGUCAGUCUCAACAAUUUACAGAUGGCGAAGCCUCAUCGCAGGUCGAAAAUAAUUUUCAGGCCCUUCUUGCAAACAUGGACGCGCCAUUACCAGAGACCAUGGUUGCUCCUUCUCCAGAACUGCCUGUCGAACCAUUCACCCCACAAAAUCCGGAGAACGACCAAAACAGUCGCGCAAAAAGAUCAUCCAGCUUGAUGGGGACAGAAUCUCUGGUCGGUAACCUCAACAUGCACUCUCCUGCUUCCGCCCCAUCUCCUUUAGCAGAAGCUGCACCAAAUAAUUUCGCCCAUGCUGCAACUGUUAGCCUUCGAAGACCCCGCGAGGUUGAUUCCGACGAGUGUGAUUAUGCAUGGGCACCGAAAGGCAUGCCGGCGAAAAGACGACGUCGUUCAGAGCGUGAAAUCGAACUUGAGGUGCCUGCUAGUAUCUUUUGGAACCCGGCAGACAAAUCCACGCAUCACAACGACUACCCUCCAAUGACGACGGAGGAUUAUCGAAGAAUCAGCGAACACGCGGCGGCCAACGGCGAAACGUUUCGGUCCGGACAGAAAACAUUUGAAACGGCGAUGCACAGUUUCCGCAGCAGCCGGAGCCGAAGUUCUUCGAUCGAACCUCCCAGAGCCCAUUCCGAACCUACUGCCGACGAAGGUCGCCGUAUGCUCAUGAAACGCGAUGAGCGACGACUCGAAAUCGACACGGCUUCGCAGGGCCCAUUUGCUGCUCACCGGAUUCUCCAAGAUGAGUCCCUACCGAUCACCGCGACAACAUCAAAUGCUGCUACUCCUGCAGGUCCAGUCAAACCCGAGGAAACCUUUCAAGUGGUUGGGAACGACUUUGCUCCGCCUAUGCGAAUACUUGCGAAAUUGCUAUCUACACCUGACAGUUGUCUGCCAACUAUCAAUUUGAACAUCACCGAGUGUCUCACAAGCUGGGGUAGGGGACAUAUGGCAACCGUUCGCUAUGCAUUUGGAAAAGAAAUACGCAUACCAAAAUAUGCCUUCAAAGUUAUCGCAUUCAAGCCCAACUUUUAUGGUCGGGGGAACAAGAAAAUGCAAGUUGGUAGCGACAAUGAUCAAGACAUGUCAUUUUACAUUUCCACAAAGGCGAGUGCUGGUAUCUGGAUCAAUGGCGAACAUCUGCCAAGCUACAAUCCGACGACACCAGACAGCGCCUCUCGGUUCUGGGGUGAGCUGCGACAUGGAGAUGUGAUUACAGUAUGGAGAGACAAGCACCCAGCUGCGAAACCUACAAUGUUCAGAUUUGAAUGUUAUUGGGGAAAGUCUAAGGAGCAACGAAAGGAAGCCGAGAAUUUCAAACUUGUAUCGGAUUUGAUGUUCUUGUCAGACAUCGAAUUUGCUUGUCACAAGCAAGAGAAGCUGAUAUUGGAGGAACAGCAAGCUCGAGCCGAGGAAGAAAGGAAGAUGAUGGGUCAGAUUAAGCAAGAAGAAAAGGCUACGAAUGGGACCAGCCAGCAACAGAAUUUGAGAAACAUCCAGCAGUCAUUUAGCAUUCCGAACGGUCAUGCUUGA